CACACAGCUUUUGGGAAAGUUUGGCGGAGUGGCCUUGUUUCCAUUGGACAAUUCUCCAUACAAAACAUGUGCUCACUUUUUUAAGGUGAAAUGAUUGUUUUGCCCUUCAAUUGACCAUCGCUGUAUAGGUCUUGGCCUUCUCCGUGGACAAAACGAUCAAAUUGGUCCAGAGCUUGAGCAUCACAGCAAUGGCGGAUGGCGCAGAGGAGUUGGGUCUUUUUGCCCCUUACACCAUGGGCAAGUUCAAGCUUUCACACAGAAUUGUUCUAGCCCCCAUGACAAGAUGCAGGGCCAUAAAUGGAAUUCCACAGCCCGCAAAUGUGGAGUAUUACUCCCAAAGGACUACGCCUGGUGGAUUCCUCAUCACAGAAGGCACCAUCACCUCUCCUAGGGCAGCUGGUUUCCCACAUGUCCCUGGGAUUUACGCAGAGGAGCAAAUCACUUCAUGGAGGAAGGUUGUGGAUGCAGUGCAUGCUAAGGGGGGCAUUAUCUUUUGUCAACUAUGGCAUGUAGGAAGAGCUUCAAAUGAAGUGUACCAGCCCCAUGGUGCAAGUCCAAUUUCUUCAACAAACAAAGCCAUCUCCAAUAGAUGGAGAAUACUGCUACCGGAUGGAACUUAUGGAGACUAUUCCAAGCCUGUACCAUUAAAACAGUAUGAGAUAUCUCAAAUGGUUGAGCAAUAUCGACAAGCAGCCAUAAACUCUAUUCGAGCUGGCUUCGAUGGCGUGGAGAUCCACGGUGCCCACGGUUACCUCAUAGACCAGUUCCUCAAAGACGGCAUCAACGACCGCACAGAUGCUUAUGGGGGCCCCCCUGAAAAUCGCAUAAGGUUCGCAAUCGAAAUCACAGAGUCUGUCGCCUCUGCAAUUGGACCCCACCGAGUCGGCAUCCGAAUCUCUCCCGCCAUCGACCACCUCGAUGCCACCGACUCUGACACCCUCACUCUGGGACUGUGCCUAAUUCACCACCUUAACAAACUACAAAAUGACUUUGGAGAGAAGCUAGCUUACCUCCACAUAACCCAACGAUACACAGCUUAUGGCAAGAAGAAACUCCAAGAAGAAAGUGAAGAAGAGAGAGAAGGCAGGUUGAUGGCCAGUUUUAGAGAGGCCUAUGAGGGGACAGUAAUUAUGAGUGGUGGGUUCACUAGAGAGCUCGGAAUGGGUGCGGUGGCUCGAGGCGAAGCCGACCUAGUCUCGUAUGGGAGGCUCUUCAUAUCUAACCCGGACUUGGUCCAUAGGUUCAAGGUGAAUGGGCCCUUGACUAAGUAUAACAGACCCACAUUUUACACCCAUGACCCGGUUGUAGGGUACACAGAUUAUCCAUUUCUUGGUGAAGGGCAUGAUGGUUAUUUGGACAGAUCCAUGGAAAUGAAGGCAAGGUUAUGAGACGUGUUUUGUAUUGCAGUAUAUUAAGGAUUGUCCUUUGUGGUACACCGGACUUCAAGCUAAAAGAUUUUAUGCUCCCGCUGGAGUAUUUUGUACA